UGUGUUAUAAAGGACGCAAAAAAUAAAUAAAUUAGAGCAUCUUUUGGGGGGAGGGAAUUCAGCGAAACAGUGUCUUAGAGGAGCUUUUUUUUUUUGUAAGAGCGAGAAAUCAUAUAAAAUAAAAUGAAAUAAAACAAGAAGGAAGGCAACCAGCUGUUAGAGGGGGAAAAUAAGGCAGAUAAAGGAGCGGGGAGAGAAAUUAAUUGCCAACCAGGAGGAGUUGGGCUGUAUUUUUCAAAGGUGGGGGGAGUGGAGCACACACCUUGAGGAGGAAAGCGAGAAAGAAAAGAAAAAAGCAAGUGGAAGGGGGGGCUCGCCCAAGAAGGGUGAAGAAGCGAAGAAAGUCGAGGCGCUGAGGCUCCCAAAGCUGGCAGCUCCGGGCGGCGGUGCAGGGGCGAAGGGGGGGCGGGGGGGACCGUCGGACAUGCGGCUCUGGAGUUGGGUGCUGCGCCUGGGGCUGCUGAGCGCCGCGCUGGGCUGCGGGCUGGCCGAGCGCCCCCGCCGGGCCCGGAGAGACCCGCGGGCCGGCCGCCCCCCGCGCCCCGCCGGCCCGGCCACCUGCGCCACCCGGGCGGCCCGCGGCCGCCGCGCCUCGCCGCCGCCGCCGCCGCCGCCGCCGGGCGGUGCCUGGGAAGCCGUGCGCGUCCCCCGGCGGCGGCAGCAGCGGGAGGCGAGGGGCGCCGCCGAGGAGCCGAGCCCGCCGAGCCGGGCGCUCUAUUUCAGCGGGCGAGGCGAGCAGCUGCGCCUCCGGGCCGACCUCGAGCUGCCCCGGGACGCGUUCACGCUGCAAGUGUGGCUACGAGCGGAGGGGGGCCAGAGAUCUCCGGCGGUGAUCACAGGGCUAUAUGACAAAUGUUCUUAUACCUCACGUGACCGAGGAUGGGUCGUGGGCAUUCACACCAUCAGUGAUCAAGGCAACAGAGACCCACGCUACUUCUUCUCCUUGAAGACAGACCGGGCUCGGCAAGUGACCACAAUCAAUGCCCACCGCAGUUACCUCCCAGGCCAGUGGGUACAUCUAGCUGCUACCUACGAUGGGCGGCUGAUGAAACUGUAUGUGAAUGGUGCCCAGGUGGCAACGUCUGGGGAGCAGGUCGGUGGCAUAUUCAGCCCAUUAACCCAGAAGUGUAAAGUGCUCAUGUUGGGAGGCAGUGCUCUGGAUCACAACUACCGGGGCUAUAUCGAGCGCUUCAGUCUGUGGAAGGUGGCCAGGACCCAGCGGGAGGUACUGUUGGACAUGGAAACCCAUGGCCUCCACACUCCUCUACCUCAGCUCCUCCUCCAGGAGAACUGGGACAAUGUGAAGCGUGCUUGGUCUCCCAUGAAGGACGGCAACAGCCCCCAAGUGGAAUUCACUGGUGCCCACGGCUUUCUUCUAGACACAAGCUUGGAGCCUCCUUUAUGUGGGCAGACAUUGUGCGACAACACAGAGGUCAUCGCCAGCUACAACCAGCUCCCACGUUUCCGCCGCCCCAAGGUGGUACGCUACCGUGUGGUCAACCUCCAUGAUGAUGGCCAUGAGAAUCCCACAGUGAGCCGCCAGCAGAUCGACUUCCAGCACCGGCAGCUGGCUGAGGCCUUCAAGCACUACAACAUCUCCUGGGAGCUGGAGGUGCUGGAGGUGAACAACUCCUCCCUGCGCCGCCGCCUCAUCCUGGCCAACUGUGACAUCAGCAAGAUUGGGGAUGAGAACUGCGACCCUGAGUGCAACCACACACUGACCGGCCACGAUGGUGGGGACUGCCGCCACUUGCGCCACCCUGCCUUCGUGAAGAAGCAGCAAAAUGGGGUGUGCGACAUGGACUGCAACUAUGAACGGUUCAACUUCGACGGCGGAGAGUGCUGUGACCCUGAAAUCACCGACGUCACCAAGACAUGCUUCGACCCCGACUCUCCAUACAGAGCAUACUUGGAUGUUAAUGAAUUGAAGAACAUUCUUAGACUGGAUGGAUCAACACACCUCAAUAUCUUCUUUGCAAACUCCUCGGAGGAGGAAUUGGCGGGAGUAGCAACUUGGCCAUGGGACAAGGAGGCCCUAAUGCACUUAGGUGGCAUUGUCUUGAACCCAUCUUUCUACGGCAUUCCCGGGCACACCCACACCAUGAUCCAUGAGAUCGGGCACAGCUUGGGCCUCUACCACAUCUUCCGAGGUAUCUCGGAAAUCCAGUCUUGCAGCGACCCCUGCAUGGAGACAGAGCCCUCCUUUGAGACCGGAGACCUCUGCAGUGACACCAACCCAGCCCCGAAACACAAGUUCUGCGGCGACCCGGGACCAGGGAAUGACACCUGUGGCUUUCAUAGCUUCUUCAACACUCCUUUCAACAACUUCAUGAGCUACGCAGAUGACGACUGCACGGACUCCUUCACGCCCAAUCAAGUCGCCAGAAUGCACUGUUACCUGGAUCUGGUGUACCAGAGCUGGCAGCCCUCCAGAAAACCGGCGCCUGUCGCCCUCGCCCCCCAGAUUGUGGGCCACACGACCGAGUCUGUGAAGCUGGAGUGGUUCCCGCCCAUCGACGGCCACUUCUUUGAAAGAGAAUUGGGAUCAGCAUGUGACCUUUGCCUGGAAGGGAGAAUCCUGGUGCAGUAUGCCUUCAACGCCUCAUCCCCGAUGCCCUGCGGCCCAUCAGGACACUGGAGUCCUCGGGAAGCAGAAGGUCAUCCAGAUGUUGAACAGCCCUGUAAGUCCAGUGUCCGCACCUGGAGCCCAAAUUCAGCUGUCAACCCACACACGGUCCCUCCAGCCUGCCCUGAGCCACAAGGCUGCUACCUUGAACUGGAAUUCCGCUACCCAUUGAUCCCUGAGUCUUUGACCAUCUGGGUGACCUUUGUCUCCACUGACUGGGACUCUAGUGGGGCUGUCAAUGACAUCAAACUGUUGACUAUCAGUGGGAAGAACAUCUCCCUGGGCCCUCAAAACGUCUUCUGUGAUGUCCCACUGACCAUCAAAGUGCGGGAUGUGGGCGAGGAGGUGUAUGGCAUCCAGAUAUACACGUUGGAUGAGCACCUGGAGAUUGAUGCAGCCAUGUUGACCUCCAUCCCAGACAGCCCUCUCUGCCUAAAGUGUAAGCCCCUGCAGUACAAAGUGGUUCGGGACCCUCCUCUCCAGGCGGAUGUGGCCUCCAUCCUACACCUCAACAGAAGAUUCACAGACAUGGAUCUAAAUCUUGGCAGUGUGUACCAGUACCGUGUUAUCACCAUUUCAGGAAGUGAAGAGAGUGAGCCAUCACCUGCUGCCAUAUACAUCCAUGGAAGUGGGUACUGUGGCGAUGGCGUUAUCCAGAAAAGCCAAGGCGAGGAAUGCGAUGACAUGAAUAAGAUCAAUGGUGAUGGCUGCUCCCUUUUCUGCAGACAGGAAGUUUCCUUCAAUUGCAUCGAUGAACCUAGCCGGUGCUACUUCCAUGAUGGUGAUGGGGUCUGUGAGGAGUUUGAACAAAAAACUAGCAUCAAGGACUGUGGUGUCUACACGCCCCAGGGGUUCCUGGAUCAAUGGGCAUCCAAUGCUUCAGUAUCCCAUCAAGACCAGCAGUGUCCAGGCUGGGUCAUCAUUGGUCAGCCAGCAGCAUCCCAGGUGUGUCGAACCAAGGUGAUAGAUCUCAGUGAAGGCAUUUCGCAGCACGCCUGGUACCCCUGCACCAUCAGCUACCCAUACUCCCAGCUGGCUCAGACCACUUUCUGGCUCUGGGCAUACUUUUCUCAGCCAAUGGUUGCUGCGGCUGUCAUUGUUCACCUGGUGACUGAUGGGACCUAUUAUGGGGACCAAAAGCAGGAGACCAUCAGUGUCCAGCUGCUUGAUACCAAAGAUUUGAGCCACGAUCUAGGCCUCCAUGUCCUGAGCUGCAGGAACAAUCCCCUGAUUAUCCCUGUGGUCCAUGACCUCAGCCAGCCCUUCUACCACAGCCAGGCAGUACGUGUGAGCUUCAGUUCACCCCUGGUCGCCAUCUCGGGGGUGGCCCUCCGCUCCUUCGACAACUUUGACCCCGUCACCCUGAGCAGCUGCCAGAGAGGGGAGACCUACAGCUCUGCCGAGCAGAGCUGUGUGCAUUUUGCAUGUGAGGCCACUGACUGCCCAGAGCUGGCUGUGGAGAAUGCUUCUCUCAACUGCUCCAGCAGUGACCGCUACCAUGGUGCCCAGUGUACUGUGAGCUGCCGGACAGGCUACGUGCUCCAGAUACAGCGGGAUGAUGAGCUGAUCAAGAGCCAGACGGGACCCAGCGUCACAGUGACCUGUGCCGAGGGCAAGUGGAAUAAGCAGGUGGCAUGUGAGCCAGUUGACUGUGGCAUCCCGGACCAGCAUCAUGUCUAUGCCGCCUCCUUCUCCUGUCUUGAGGGUACCACCUUUGGCAGCAAAUGCUCCUUCCAGUGCCGUCACCCAGCACAGUUGAAAGGCAACAACAGCCUCCUGACCUGUAUGGAGGAUGGACUGUGGUCCUUCCCAGAGGCCCUGUGCGAGCUCAUGUGCCUAGCUCCACCCCCGGUGCCCAAUGCAGACCUUCAGACGGCCCGCUGCCGAGAGAACAAGCACAAGGUGGGCUCUUUCUGCAAGUACAAGUGCAAACCUGGAUACCACGUGCCCGGCUCCUCUCGGAAGUCAAAGAAACGGGCCUUCAAGACUCAGUGCACUCAAGAUGGCAGCUGGCAGGAUGGAGCUUGUGUUCCUGUGACUUGUGACCCACCUCCACCGAAAUUCCAUGGGCUCUACCAGUGCACUAAUGGCUUCCAGUUCAACAGUGAGUGUAGGAUCAAGUGCGAAGACAGUGAUGCUGCCCAGGGACGUGGGAGCAACGUCAUCCACUGCCGGAAGGAUGGCACCUGGAGCGGCUCCUUCCAUGUCUGCCAGGAGAUGCAAGGCCAGUGCUCAGCCCCGGACCAGCUCAACAGCAACCUCAAACUGCAGUGUCCCCAAGGCUAUGCCAUAGGGUCGGAGUGUGCCACCUCAUGCCUGGACCACAACAGCGAGUCUAUCAUCCUGCCAAUGAAUGUGACUGUACGUGACAUCCCCCACUGGCUGAACCCCACACGGGUGGAGAGAGUUGUCUGCACAGCUGGUCUCAAGUGGUAUCCUCACCCUGCUCUGAUUCACUGUGUCAAAGGCUGUGAGCCCUUCAUGGGAGACAAUUACUGUGAUGCCAUCAACAACAGAGCCUUCUGCAACUAUGAUGGCGGGGAUUGCUGUGCUUCUACAGUGAAGACCAAAAAGGUCACCCCCUUCCCUAUGUCCUGUGACCUACAAGGUGACUGUGCUUGUCGGGACCCUCAGGCCCAAGAACACAGCCGGAAAGACCUCCGGGGAUACAGCCAUGGCUAAGGAAGGACAAGGAGUUGUCAAAGAAUUCCCAACGCCAGGACCCGCAUCCCUUUGGUAUUGAUUUCACAGUCAGCUGCUCAACGGAAUGGCCUCUCCACACCAGGGAUCCUUAGCACCCAACCGGUCUGCCUUUAAUUUCACCCAGGAAGGACUCAUAGUGGGGGCGCAUGAACUAAGUCUCGCCAUGUUGAAAGAUGGAAUGGAAUCCCAUCCCAAAGUCUUAGAUGGAUUGCAUAUACAGCAUGCAGUCCCAGAGCCUCCUAAAAUUCUAACCAUUUGUCACACGACCACAGCAAGAAACAUGUUCUGUAUCUAGGAGUGUGCACAUCUGUGGUUAGUACACAUGCAUGCAUACGCACCCAUACAAACAUCUGUGUGAGGGCAGUUUUGGAGACUGAGCAGAGAGAGACUGGAACAAACUCAAUCUUUCCUUUCCCAAGCUCCUAGCAACAGUGUCCUUGGGAGAAAGAGAGUUGCAGAAACUGCUAAGACCAAGAGUUGAGAUGCCAAGAUAGCUCACACCCUGAGGCUUGGAAUAUGUAGGUCAUGCACAAUUGUGCAGUCCUUUGGGAUUGGAAGUGAAAUGGUCUCUGAUCAGCUACCUUCUAGGGAAGUAGGACCCAGAAAGAAGUGAAGAAUCCAAGGUAUGCAAAGCCCCCAAAUUCUUCUGCUGCCAUGGGGGAUUUUACCCCAACUCCAGGGUUUGAGGCCAAGCUGGAAAUGGCUCAGAAUUGCAAUGUCAAGGUAUUAUAACAGCCCCCUGCUUGAGGUUUGAGGCUUGAGGCCAUAAUAUCCCUCCAGAACCCACCCAUUCCCCAAACCUUGCCUUGGGACCACAUUUGCUGCUACUUUUCCUGCUGCUCUAUCCUAUACAUUGAGUAUCCCAAGAUGGUAGGACUAGGUUAGGAAAAACCCCACACAACCAAACAGUCUGCCUUAAAAAUGACCCACAUUUUUCCACAGCUCCUCACCUCUCAGCCCUUCUACAAGAGAAAAACCCUCAUUGGCCCACAUGGUGAGAAGUUAAGUUCCCCAUGGGUAGCCUUCUCAUCCUGGAAAGGAGUUGAGGGACUUAAGAUGCUGGAACCUUCACUGAGAGUCCAGAAUGUCUAAGCCAGUGUUAGAUUUUAUAAUCAAGUGGAACAGUGUUAAAUUUCUAUGAUGUUGGAGCCAUCCAGAGACUGUUGGAAUUGUAGAGACUCUUGAGUUAUUAUCUUUAUCCAAGCCUUCCUGGCCCUCCAGGCCAGAGCACGCUUUGGUCCCAAGGACCUCACUGUUGCUCUGAGUAGCUAUUAUUCUGGAACAGAAACUCAUCUUGGAUAUGAUCAAUCUAGGCCGUGUUCUAGAGGACCAUCAGAGGGAAGCCAAAGAGUUCACAGCCUCAUUCCCCAACAACCCAAGAUAGUCAUCAUGUUUCGCACAUAAUCUUCCAGCUACCAAGACUCCCAUCCACACCCAUGGUUGGGCAACCCUCCCCUCUCUCCCAUGUUCAGCCUUCAAAGUUAAGAGGAAAUUAGUCAAACGCAAGUGGAAACCCCCACCUCUUUGGGGUCUUCUUUCCCUCUUUUCAGUCAGUUACCUAUUUAUUCCUUUUGGAUUAAUGUGGAAAGAGAUUAAUACAGAAUGAGAUGGAGAGGAUGGUUAAGUCUGACAUAAUUUCUGAGACAUGGAACUGAGAAAGUGAGGCAAGGGAAGGGUCUAAACUAGAUGUAUCACAUAAAGGUUGCUGUAAAUCAAGUCAUCUCAAGUCUAGUGAAGACAACCAACAAAAACAAAGUCCAGCAUAGGAAUGGAAAAUACCAGGCUUGUGGACCUACUACCCUCCUCAUUCCUGUAUCUGAGGCAGGCAUUGUUAAUCAGUCAUAGCACUUUGUCCUAUGGGGACCAGAAAUAACUUCAGAAACCUUCUUACUAUAUCAUUCCCAACAGCAAUUACCUGCUGAUCAAGAACACUUGAGAAAACAUCUACUGGCCAUCUGUGGUCUGUUACAUUAAGAAAUAUAUCAAGGUGCUUUUUGCACAGGUGUCCACAAAUAAGGAUGCAGUACUUGGAAAGUUUUGUGUGCUUGUACCAUAUUACAAACUCCGAGAUUGGGUUCCAGAAUGGAGAGGCUGCCACUAUUGUUAAGGUCAGGCUCAAAUCCUUUAUGUUUCCUCCUUACAAACUCAUAUCUCAUUUAUAUUCAAAGCAUUUUUUUUCUAUACAUACUGGGCCAAUCCUUAGCAAAAUAAUAAUAAUGAUAGAAGAAGUGAUCUCACUUUGUAGCCCUCUCCAGUAUCUUAGAACUCUUGCCAACUCUUAAAGCCCCCUUCUUACCCUAGCUGAGUUAUCAUCCUGUGUGGUGUUAGCUUAGAAGAUAUGAACUAAGAAAGGUAACAGUGUCAGCCCUCUCACUUACUUUAUUACACCAAUAAGUAGAAAAAAAAGUCUUGAAGACCCAAAGAUGACAUUAUUAAUGGUGGGGUUGCAGGAACCACAGAGGAACCUCAUCAGCUUCCCUUAAAUUGAUCCUCAUCCUCUAUCUUCCUUCACUCCCACCCUUGUCUCUCCUCACACUCUCCAGGUGAGCAGAGUUUCCUGGAGGCUGACUUUUAUCUUCAGACUCACAGAUUGAGUUGAGCUCUUCUGUGCAAAGAUCCACCCAAUCACCUUCCUACCAUCAUUCAAACCUAUUACUGACAAAUUCACAUUUGCCAAGGAUAUUAGGCAAGAGACGCUACCUGACUGAUGGCCAGCCUCAUGCCCACGGAAGAUGUAAUUAAUAGACCCUUCUCAAAACUUAGUGAAGGAGGGUCAGCUCUAUUCGUGCAAUGCACUGAUUCUCCUUUUCACUUUCUUUUUGGGAAUAAACUCAUUGUCUCAUCCCUUGGAUCAUCUCCUGUUGAGGAUAGUAGAGUACCCACAAAGAGGCAGCUCUGGAGCACUGUUGUCCAGCAGCAGCUCAGGGGCCCUAAAACACUUGGGGGUUCUGGGUCUGAAAAAGUAUUAGCCUCUUAGCAGCAAGAAAGAAAAGAUGAGGUCGACAGUUCUCUAAGCCUUGUCUUGGGAAGGCUUUCCAAGCCACAACCUUAGCUGCCUGCCCAGAGGACUUGCAUUACCCGCUAGGAUCUGUGCCAAUGAUCCCUUAAGGGAAGACAGUCCUUGGAAAGUCCAUUUUGGUGGCUAAAUUGAGGUGUUAAGGAAGGGAGAGAUUAAUGGUCAUAAAUAGUAGGGCUUUGAAGAUGGAGGGUAUCAGCUGCUACUCUUGGCUUCAGCAUGCUGAGCCACUGCCUAGACAGUUCUCUUGGUCUUAGUCCACCUUGGCCAUUGCUUAAAUGCUAUUUGUUGAAAAUAAUUCUUUGAGACAGAUUUCAGUUACCUCCCUUCCAGGUUCGAUUUAACUUGGUUGUAACUGUCAAUUUGUUAUAGGUCUUACCUGUGUUUAAAAAAGAAAGAUAAAGAAAGGAAGGAAGGAAGGUGGCAGGGAGGGAGAGAAGGAGAAAGGAAAGAAAGAAGGAGAAAAGGAAGGAAGGAAGGAAGAAAACAAACCAUAAAUUCAAGUUAAUAGUUUCGAGGUUUUGUGUUUUUUUUUUCUGGAACUACUUCAAGUGGGGAAAAUAAAAAGAAGAAAUUGAUAGUGACAAAGCUGUACAGAUAGAGAUUAAUAGAACACGAGAUUAAAAGGAAAUAAAACUGCAUGAUUAAAAAUAAGAAUUAAAGAAACCUAUUUUUGUGCUUCCUAAAGGAAAUUGUUUAUUCUACAGACUGAGUAGGUAGACACAAGCAGAAAGAAUUCCGUAGAAGGAAAUAUAGAGCAGGAUUUUAUGACGCUGUUAUUUUCUGUACAUUGUGGUAGGUCCAGGAAAUAAGGCAUCUUCCCUCUUGAUAUGUAGUCUUGUGGUUGAGAGAGCAUUUUAUCUAUUUGGUGGCAAUCGGUGUUAGUAGAGAGUGGGGAGGGCUUGAAAUUAGUUUUACCCGAUAUUAAGGGAACAUAUUGUGUUGUGCUUUUCACAUUAUAAAAUGGUUGUAUUUACCAGCAGAGCACUGGGCUUUAUAAAGACUGCACUUAGAAUCACACUGCACAGUCCACUUUCCUAAAAAGCUGCUACAUGACCAGACAGGUAAUUCCCAUGAUUUUUGAGAAACAAAACAAAACAAGCAAACAGCAAACAUAAAAACUAAACAGCAAUUGAAUAACAGCCUAUUCUUUGAAUUUUCAAGUUUUGCCAAAUUCCUACCAAUCAUUUGAUCUUUAAAAGAGAUUUAUAAUAGCCAAGAGAGAAAUUAUGUCCCUAGAGUAAGAAAAUAGAAUUCUUGACUCCAGGCAGCAGUUUGCUCAGUGAUCUUGAACAACAAGUCAUCGAGUUGCCACUCCAUUUGCCUCAGUUUCUCCAGCUGCAAAAUGGGGAUAAUACUACUUACCUACCUCACAGUGGGAGGGCAGAGGAUUGUGAGGCCCUGGGGGUUGAAAGGGGCUGUGGCAAUCUGUGAGAGCCAAGGCUUGACACAAGUCUAUGGGUUAUUUUUCAAGAAUGCACAGGUCCAUUGGCCAUUUAAGAAAGACAGGGAGUGCUCAUUGGAUGUUUCAAGGAAUGAUGCUGGAGCUCCUGGAUUAUAAUCCACUUUAAGAGAGAGGCUUGUAUUUGGGAAUAUUUCAUUCGUAGGUAAAUUGGAUUUUUCCCCCAUUAUUCUGGCCUUUCACCAGUUCUAUAAUUUGAUUAAAAGCCAAUUACUUCCUACAGGGUAAAAGUCAGUUUACUGUUGUCUAUUCAAGACUUCCGGGCCAUUUCCAACUUUAUAGAGGAAGGGAGUCCCUAAAUGUCUUCUUCUUCUCACACUUAAAAUUCUGCAUCAAGUGUUCAAUUAAAAGAAGAUACGGCAUUCUGAGUGCAAACAACUCUGGGCUCCUUAAAUUAUACACCAGCAGUCAGUGAGGAGAAUUUUGAACAAUUAUUGAGUUGCUUUCUUGGGUCUCUAUAAUCAAAAACCUGUCCGCAGAUAUCUAUCUAUAUAAAGAUAUUAUAUAUAAAUAUAAAUUUACAUAUAUAUGCACAUGUAUAUAUAGUUGUACAUAUAUGUGUGUAUAUAUAUACUUAAAUGUAAUAUUUACAAAAUAAAACUGUGAUCUCGUCUAGAGAAAAUGUAUUCAUAUUACAAACUGCUCUUCCAUAUUUAUGUAUCAUAUUAUACCUUUUUAUUAUUGUUAUAAUUAUUAUAGGUAUUUCUAAUUAUUAUGAUGUUGACAUCUGUUUGGCACCUUCUGGAAACUACCAAAAAAUGACUCUCCAUUGAAGUGCUUAAACUCUGUUCUCAUGAGAAUUCUACUGGCCUACUAUAAAAAAAGGAAAAAAAAAAAAAAAGAAAGAAAACAGUCUAAAGACCAAAAACAAAACACAAUUCCAAUCCUUUUUCUGUACCUCACGCGCAUAAAUUUGCUGCUCCUAUUUUGGGUUUUAUUUUUUUUCCUGUUUAUGUGUUUUUAUGGAUCUAAGUUAAGUCUUUCAGCAAUAUAUAAAAAUGUAAAUAGUAAACUUUAUUUAUUAAGAAUGUCAUCUUUUUUAAUUUAUAUUUACACAAUUGUUCAUCUAAUUUAUUUUUUCUAUACAGUUUUAAAUACUCAGACAUAUUUUGCUGUUCAUGAUAUUUUUAUCCUGUUCUCAUGGAUUUGUUUUUCCAUACUGUUUUCUCUGGUCUCAAUUACAGGUUGGAUCUCACACACAAAAAAAAUGAUGUCAAAGACAGAAAUAUUUUGCCACUGUUGAUUACUAUACCUUAAAAUUCUAUAUUAUGAAAAUAUAUAAUAGCUUGUAUGCUUCAAUAUGUGGUGGUAUGAUUUUUGUGUGUUGUGGAAAUCUAAAGGAUUCUCAUAUAGACACACUAGAAUGGAAGAGAACCCCAGGGCCUAGAAUUAGAAGAUCAAGGUAGCAUGAGGUUGAAUGCAAUAUACACCCAAUAUUUUACAUAAAUAAUUCCUGAAAAGUGUCUACAUUUUGCAUAUGCAAAGCUGGAAAACAUUUUUACAUGUUAUAAGAAAGUUCAGUUUUCAGAGAGCUGAAAUGAAUAUCACUUGCAGUUACACCUAGCCUUUUGGAUGCUAUCUUCAACAACAUAUUUCCAGCAUAUUCUUUACUUCCAUGUUUUUCUUUAUAAUUGAACACUGAGUCAUCUAGUUCAUCACACGAACAUGUAGCUGAGACUGAGGUUUUGCUGUUUUCGAUCUGCCUAUUAGAUCAAAUUAGAUGAUAAAAUUUCAUCUUAUCACCACUUAGUAGCUAUGUGAUCUUUGGAAAGUUAUUUAAUUGCUUUAAGAUUUGGUUUUUCCCAUUUGCAAAAUGGAAAUUAAAAGUACCCACCUCAUGAAGUUGCUGGUAGAAUUAAAUAAGAUAAUGCAAAGUUUUCAGAACGAUGUCAGAACACAGGUUAUAUUAACUCUUGUUAUGAUUAUUAUGAGACAGGGGCUGCUUACAACAAGUAUUAAUAAUACACUAAUUUUUCUGAUAUCUACUUAAUUGUUAAAAGAAUAAAAAUAAGAUGCACUAAAGCAUUCGCUUGCACAGGCAUUGCCAUGGAGUAGUUACUGGCACUGUGCACUCGGCUGUUGGCUGCCAGUACCACCAUAAGACAGGUCAAAAUAUGUGUUUAUCUGCUGAUACUUGAAUGUUGAAUUUUGCACAAAAGGGCAGUUUGGGAAUAUCAAUGUGAAUUGCAUAAAAGGGCAGGGGUUGGGAAGUCAAGAACUACCCAAACAGGGUUUUUGGACUCUUUACAAAUACAAACCGGUGAGAGACACAAGGGAGGGCAUGAAAAAUAUAAAUAAAUAAAAUAAAAGUCAUUGCUAAA